AUGGCGGUGCCUAGACAGGUGUCCAACCGCGGUGUGCUGCGCGAGGAGGCGGGAGGUUCCGCGGACUCGUCGGUCACUGCGCGGACGCCCGUGCCCCCAGUGUCGCCCGGGUCCCUAGAAAGGCUUGUGUCGCCCGCACAGGUCACCGAGUCGCCGGGGAAGAACCUGUGGGAGCAGAUCUGCGAGGAGUAUGAAGCUGAGCUACCUACCCUUCCAGAAGGAUAUAAAGUGAAACAGGAAGCUGCCGUUACAGUGAGCUCGGUCACACCAUUGGAGGAACUGGUUCCUCAUGGCUUCAACAUGGAGCACUACUUCCCAGUCCACUCGUUCCCGGUGGUGCCUCCUGUGCCUUGUCCUCCCAAGAAGACAGAGACGGUGGAGCCCAAGACCUGUUCCCCCAAAGAUUAUUUGGAAAUGUUCAUCUUUCCAGUUCUGCUCCCUGGAAUGGCCAACCUGCUUCACCAAGCAAAGAGAGAAAAGUGUUUUGAGAGGAAGAGAACCAAGUUCAUUGCCUGCGACUUCCUGACUGAGUGGCUGUACAACCAGAAUCCAAAGCGGGCAGGGGAGCCGUGCACGGAAUUCUUCUCCAUUCCAUUUGUAGAGGAAUGGCUCAAGCACCACCCCCGGCCACCAAUCCCCCUGUCCCUGUUACUGACAGAAGAAGAAGCAGCAAUCAUCAUCCAGUCCUUCUGGAGAGCCUAUCUGGUUCGCUGUGACCCUGAGAUUCAGGAGCUGCGGCAGUGGCAGAAGAAGCUUCGUGAGGACAAGCACAUCCGGCAGCGUGUGAAGAUCUUCUGGGCCAAACAAGAGCAGAAAUUGAAAUGUAAAAUGGACGACGAGGAAGUGCCUGCUGCCUCUGGACCACCUCCUUAACUGACGCCAGUCCUUCCAUGCCCAAACUGCACAUUCCCUUAGUGUGGUGGACACAGAACCUUCUCACACAGACCGGGUUUGUUGCAGACGAGCUUAAGCGCAGUUUAGGAAAGCGUCCCUUAGCUUCCUGCCUUACCCCAAUGCUACUUUUUCCACCCGCUUCUCCACUGUGUCAGGAGGACCCUUCUGAGCCACCGCCACAGUUGACGUGCCUAGUGACGAUGUUCCUGUCACCAGUUUUCCCACUUUCGCCAAGGCCCGUAUUUUAAUUUAUCUCAAACCUCUGCGUUAGUUCUGUCUUGGUUUUGUCGUUGAAUUAACACGAGGCAAGGCGUGAGAACUGAGCUGUGUUUCCAGCUCAAGAAGAGACAGUCAUUGCAAAGGAUUUCCAUCGUCAAAGCCCCAGAAGUGUUACAGCAGCGUCCUGUUAAUUUAAUGGUCCUCAUCUGUCUAUGACCGCUGCUCAAGAGGGUUCUCUCAUCUGAAAGGCCCCAGACACAGGAAAGCCUCCUUGGUAGUAUAAGACUGUUUGACAAGCUACCACACAUCUUAGGUAAAUAGUAAAGCCUUUAUUUUCUUGUUAAGAACAGCAUUUUGAAAAUAAAACCUAUCUGCCCAUGCUUAACAACUUUUUCAAUCUGUGAUAUUUAUAUGUACAUACUGAUUGUCUUGAAAUUUCCCAAACAAUUUUGUUCAUAAGUAUGCAAGUCAGCCAGGGUGGGGGAAGAGUGAGGGUACAUUAUAAAAUACACAUUAAUACAUUUAAUAAAUAUAUAUUAUCUAUCAAAAAAUGAGCCAUAGCUCUUUAUGAAUAAAAAGCACCUGCCAGGGGCUCUCAUGGGCUCAUAUGGUUGCCACAUCCUUGGAUGUGUAAAUACCAGCGUCCUCUUCUACUUUUCAAUUUGACAAACUCAAAAGACGACCCCUCUCACCCUGUCUGCACUUGUUUGCUGGCCUUGACCUCAUCUGUGUGGGGGUGGGGUGGACACCAACCAGAUCUUGACCUUGGAAACAGCUGACACAUGGGAGCCUGUCCCCUUUGCCAUUGUCCCGCCACCUUGGCAACAGACUCCAGAACACUGUGGGAUUUUCCUUUAGGAGACAGAGGAGCUGUCAUAGUCCCAACAAGGUGUUACUACCCUGGCAUGCUAGGUUGUGCUUACAGCUUGAGGUUAUUCACAGAUGACUUUCUAGACCAUUCCCCACUCUUAUACAGGUGCCAUGGAAGUCUGUCCUUCAGCCUCGUUCUGUCGGAAGCUGGCUGCAGUCUCUGGGUGGAGUUGCCUUGUGGUCCUCUUCAGGUGAACUUGAACUCAUCAGAAGAAUAGCGGACGUCUCCCUUCUCCCUUUGCUCCAACCUCCACCUCCCGUCUAAGAACAUUCAGCCCACCCUGAACCUUAAAUUAGCCAAGAUAAAACAAAGCCCAGAAGCGCAAUCACCUAUUGGGGUGGGAAAGAUUUAAAAAAAAAAAGCAAAACUGAAAGACCUCGCUAUGUGAGGCCUCCUGUGGCUCAGAACGGCCCUGUGUUUGCAGUGCAGAAAUGCUGCUUUCUGCACAGCUAUCAGGACGGUGCUCACCUUAUACGCGGACAACAAAGAGCUUAGAGAGAAAACCACCAAUCAUGUCAGCUUCUCCCUUCUGCAAGGGGGGAUUUUGCAGACCAAGUCACUGGUGACAUCAGAAAGCUCCAAAGGACUCCAGAGAGCGGGGGUGGGCAGCCACUUCCUGGCACAAGAAUGUGGAGCGCUGAUGUUUGUCGCCCGCCCGGCCCGAGGUGCUCGGAGAUUUCUUUGCAGAAGGCUGGAUAGUGCAUGCAAGAGCUUCCAGCCCCACGCAGCCCUGGCUUUCUUUCCCUCCAACCCCUCCUCAAGCUUCUAAGUUCUCAGCCCACCACAUGAUGGUCCUUAAACAUAAAGGACUGAUUCAAAUCCUCUGGAAGCAAGCACAUGCCUUGAAUGGGGGUGGGGCAUCCCAGAAGGGGGGAAGGGGAGACCUUUGGGUGCCAUGCUUUCUGGUUCCCAUGCAUGGUGAUGCACUAACUGUAAGGAAAACUUGCAGGAGAGCCAAGCACUAGCCAGACUGGCCUCAUCUCCCUAAGGCUCUGCAAAGACAGGGUAGGGCAGGGAGGGGAUACAGCAGAGACUGGGGUCUUGAGAAAAAUCAGAUUUAUUAAAACACUCAGCUCAGAUGUACUGGCUUAAGAGGAGGUCAGUCCCCACCCCCACCCCCAAA